GAGAAAGAGACUUGUGUCAGUUCUUCAUUCGUAGGUGAAACACGGGGCACUUGGUCAUUCUCAUGGACCUCCUCUGUUAAAUCGGCGCACUUUAAGGGACCGCGUAUUGCUCAACAGACCAGGGGAACCGUGCGCGUAUCCAAUUCCCAUUAAAGUUUGUCAGAUUACUCCAACGUGCCUUCUUGACAGCUCACUAGUUAGAAAUACUUUCCCAUCAGUUUGUUUUUAACAGCGUGUUUUAUCGCAAAAACACUUUGGACUAUUUUAAAGUCAUGAUGGAGUUGAAGGUGCUGGGAUGCGCAAUGCUUUUUCCUCUCCAGAUUUUUGUGUGCGUAUUGAGGGCGGCAGUGCGCCUCUUGAUGCGCCAGAAGCGCAGAGAUCUGGGCGCUGAUGUGGUGCUCAUCACCGGUGGUGGAAGAGGAAUCGGUCGUCACCUGGCUAAAGAGUUUGCCAAGCAAGGGGCGAAAAAGGUGAUUUUGUGGGGCCGUACUGAGAAAUGUCUAAAAGAGACGUGUGACGAGAUCUCUAUGACUGGAACAGAGUGUUAUUAUUUUGUCUGUGACGUGGGAAACCGAGAGGAGGUGUACCAGCAGGCUAAGGUGCUCAGGGAAAAGGUUGGGGACGUCACCGUUCUUGUGAAUAACGCAGCUGUUGUCCAUGGGAAAAGUUUAAUGGACAGUGAUGAUGAUGCACUUUUGAAAACUCAGCACAUAAACACACUCGGGCAGUUCUGGACCACAAAAGCAUUUCUGCCUCGUAUGCUGGAGCUGCGGAACGGCCACGUGGUCUGCAUUAACUCCAUUCUCUCCCUCUCCUCCAUCCCUGGAGCCAUCGACUACUGCAUGUCCAAAGCCUCGUCUUACGCUUUCAUGGAAAGCCUGACACUGGGCCUGUUGGACUGCCCUGGUGUGGGCUGCACUACAGUUUUACCCUUCCAUACUGACACAGAGAUGUUCCAGGGCAUGAGAGUUAGGUUUCCUAAACUGUUUCCUCCUCUGAAUCCUGAGAUGGUGGCUCAGCGCACUGUAGAUGCCGUGAGGACCGAAACAGCUUUUGUUGUCCUGCCUUGGACCAUGCACUUUCUUGUCAUCCUUAAAAGUCUUCUGCCCCAGUCUGCCCUGGAAGAGAUCCACAAGUUCUCAGGAAGCUACACCUGCAUGAAGACAUUCAAAGGACGGACUUAAUCCAAGGGAGAAGCUUGAAUGUAAAAAUUCCUCAAUGCAAUUUUUUUCACGCAAAUCCAGCACUAUGUCCAGGAACAUCCAACAAGCUGUUGCUGUGUGCAUGCAUAAAAGACAGUGUAAGGGUCACUGGAAACAACGCAUCUAGAUUGCUUGUUUCCCCAAGCACUAUUAUGCCAGUGUGUCCUACGUGGAUGUAAUUGGAUUUGGCUUUCUGAUACUGGACUGCACACAAGCAUGUAGGAGAAAGCAUUCCUUGGAUAUUGCGAUAAAAACAAACUUUGGAGCACAGACUGUUACAGAAGAAAUGAUUGAUCAGUUUGGGGUUCUUGUAUGGGUUGCCCAAGGUUUACUGUAUGUUUUAUAGAUAUCCACUGAUUUUAAGAACAUUUUUGUAACGCGAGGCAACACGAUUUGGCUCUCCGACUUGUCUUAAGUCAUUCCAGCAUGUCUAUCUUCAUAUUAUUGUCAACUUUAAAUAAACAGUAUUUGAUCUUU